AUGAAUGAGAACUUCAACAUGGAGUGUGAAGCCCCCGACCUACAAAUCCCCAGCCCAAACCCUAGACUCCAGUAUCCCUUUAUAAAUCCAGGUCGAUGCAAAAAACGGCCUCACCCUGGGCUGGCAACACUUCGAAGAUCUCGAGACUGCGCCUGCAGCCCAGAGGCCUUGGCUGCCCAAGAUGUACAAGAAGCUGACGUUGGCCAAGAAGAAGGCUCUUGGCCUGAGUGCCAAGGGGGUUGUCAAGCGGAGGUUUGA